CUAGAUUUGACAUGAGUCAAGAUAAUGCAAAGCGAUCAAGAGAAAUAAAUGAUUCCAGUUUUUUUGAUUCGCUUAAAAUAAGCAACGAUCAAGUAUUGAAAGAGAUAGACAAGAGACAGCCAUGUCCAACCUGCAACAAAUCAGUUAAAUACUUUUGUUAUGUGUGUUUUAAUGUUAUUGGAAUGGACAGAUCCGAUGUACCUUUUGUUAAGUUACCAGUGCCAUUAGACAUAAUCAAGCACCCAAAGGAACUAGACGGAAAAUCAACAGCUGUCCAUGCUAGAAUUAUCGCAGAACAAGACGUCAAUCUUUAUACUUGGCCAGAGCUUCCGAAAUAUGAAAAGCCAGAGAGAACACUCCUACUAUUUCCAGGACCUGACGCAAAGCAGUUGUAUGAUAUACCCAGAGACACAUUUGAUAAGAUCGUGGUUAUUGACGGUACAUGGAUUCAAGCAAAUCAAAUUGCUCGUGAGACCAAAGUACUUCAAAACAUGCAAAAGGUCACCAUCGCACCUCGCAAGACAACCUUUUGGCGUUUCCAAAUGGUAGAUGACAAGCACUUAGCAACUAUAGAAGCUAUUUAUUACUUAUAUAAGGAAUAUGGAGAAAGUUAUGAAGCACCUUAUGAUGGCAAAUAUGAUAAUUUAUUAUUUUACUACAAAUUCUUUUAUAAUCUCAUACAGAAUGCGUAUCAAAAGAACAAAAAGGCCAAGUUCAAUUGGAGACAUCAACAGAAAGAUUAUAUAAAAUACGAUGAAUCAACAAAGGGCAAAGUCGAUUCAUCCAUUUAAAAGUCAAUUUAUGUAUAAAUAUUUCAAAAAGGUUCGGGUUCAUUUCGGUUCAUAUAAACUUUUUGCAAGACAUGUAGACACGCUUCUUUUACACCACCAAAUCAAACCAUCCCAGCAAAAAAGGAAGAUAUUCAAUCAUGUCAUUGACUCUCUCUUUCUUUCUCUUUUUUUCUCUCUCUUUGUAUUUAGCACAAGUUAUUCUCCUUAUUUUACGCCGUAUUGACACACAUUUAUAUUUAUAAAG